AUGUUCUUUAACUUCCUAUCUGGAACUCAUGGAGUACCAUGGAAGUUUGCUUUUCUAUGCGUCUCGGCGCUGGUCAUGAUUCAUUACAUGUUGGUAGAAGUGAAGCCUAAUGACAAUCCCGCACCAGAGGCAUCAAAGGCCGAUGAAGCGGUAGACACAAUUCAACGUCCGACACCUGCGAAACAUGGGAGCCCCGCGGGAACUUUCGAGGAGUUCAAGGCAAUGCUUGGUGGACUUGGUGGAACGAAAACAUCGGAUUCAAUAGACUCGAAUCCUUUGGAAGAUACAACGAGUUUAGAAACCACGAUGCCAGUCAAUAAACACAAGAAACCAUUUCUCGGAUCCAAGCAGGACACUCGAGACGACGAGUAUGUUUCCGUGUGUAUGGCAGUUAAAGAUCAGCAACUCGACUUGCCCGAAUGGUUCGUCCACCACUAUUAUAAUCUUGGGAUUAAAAGAUUUUACAUCAUGGACGAUGGUUCUGAUCCGCCUCUGUCGGAAAUCGAAGACUUGGGUAUUCCCCGAGAGCAUGUAACUUUCCAAUACUUCGAUGAGAAACAACACACCAUGUACAUGCAAGAAUAUGUCUACCGACUCUGUGUCGAUAAGUACCGGAGCAACCACACUUGGAUGGCUUUCUUAGACGCCGACGAAUAUCUGGAGAUGACGGGAAAGGAGAACCUGAAUCAGUUUCUGGAAACAUAUGAGAAGGAUAAAAACGUUGGGGCAGUAUAUGCUUCAUGGCAGACGCAUUCUUCGGCAGGUCUGUUAAAGAGAGCCAAAUCCGUCCGAGAGGCCUACAUCGAUUGUAUAUGGGAUGGAGAAGGGCAUAAUGUGCUAGGCAAGUCCAUUGCCAAACUUUCUCAUUAUGCUGGUACAAACACCGUCCAUCAAGUCUUGAGUAAAAAUGAGUCAAUAACUGUUGAUGAGAAUGGGGCUGAGGCACCUAUAAGACGAUAUUCACCCACAAAAGAUCGAAUAGCACUGCAUCAUUAUGCAUUGAAAAGUCGAGAGGAAUAUCAGGAGAAAGUUGAUCGAGGAAAUGCCAUGAGUAGUCCGAAAAAUUGGGCAUUUUGGGAUAGUGUUGAAGGCAUGGCAGGUAUAGAGUGUCUUUCCAUGUCAGAAUAUUAUCCUUGA